UGUGUCAGUGGGUCUGGGAGAGCAGAGGUGAGGGUUGUGCUGUCUGCUGAGCCCCAAACUCAGAGCUUCUGCUGGGGAAGAUGAAGACGGAGGGCUGCCUGUGGAUCAUUCUCUUGGCCUCUGUGGCUCUGACCAACCAACAAGGUACUGUGAGGUUGGUGAAUGGAGGCAGUCGAUGCUCUGGGAGAGUGGAGGUUUAUCAUGCAGGAGAGUGGGGCACCGUCUGUGACAUUUAUGUGUGGAAUAUGCCUGAUGCUGCAGUGGUGUGUAGAGAGCUCGAUUGUGGUGAUGCUGUAAAGGCUCUGGGUGGAGCUCACUUUGGAGAGGGAUCAGGGAAAAGCUGGAUGUGUAAUGUGAGGUGUGAGGGAUCAGAGUCCACACUGAAGAACUGUAAACACCAAGGAUGGAAAGACUGGACUACAGGAGUGUGUCAGCAUUCCAGAGAUGCUGGAGUCAUUUGUUCAGGUGCCUUGAGGUUGGUGAAUGGCAGCAGUCGCUGUUCUGGAAGAGUUGAAGUUCUACACACAGGACAGUGGGGCACAGUGUGUGAUAACGGAUGGGACCUGCGUGAUGCUGCAGUGGUGUGUAGAGAGCUGGGCUGUGGAGAGGCUGUAGAAGCUCUCAAAGGUGCUCAGUUUGGACAGGGCUCAGGAGAAAUUUGGAUAAGUGAUGUGGAGUGUGUGGGGUCUGAGUCCACAGUGAAGGACUGCAAGUCACAAAGAUGGGGUGCAGAAAACUGUGGUCAUCAUCAGGAUGCAGGAGUCAUCUGCUCAGAUACCUUGAGGUUGGUGAAUGGCAGUAGUCGCUGUUCUGGAAGAGUUGAAGUUCUACACACAGGACAGUGGGGCACAGUGUGUGAUAACAGAUGGGACCUGCAUGAUGCUGCAGUGGUGUGUAGAGAGCUGGGCUGUGGAGAAUCUGUAGAAGCUCUCAAAGGUGCUCAGUUUGGACAGGGCUCAGGAGGAAUGUGGAUGAGAGAUGUGGAGUGUGUGGGGUCUGAGUCUAGAGUAAAGGACUGCAAGUCACAAAGAUGGGGUGUAAAAAACUGUGGUCAUCAUCAGGAUGCAGGAGUCAUCUGCUCAGGAGUCCAACUGAUGGGCCAUUCUCACUGCUCUGGGAGAGUGGAGCUGCUUCACAAGGAGACCAGACACACUGUAUGCAGUACCACAUUUGACUGGCAGGAUGCAGAGGUUGUGUGUCGACAGCUGGACUGUGGGGCUCCUGUAGAAGUGCUGGGAGCAGCUGCAUUUGGAGAGGGAGAGGGCCAGGUGUGGUCAGAGGAGAUCCAGUGUGGAGGCAACGAGACUCAGAUUCACCUCUGCCCAACAUCCCCUACACCCUCACACAAUUGCUCUCACAAGCACGAUGUUGGAUUAGUUUGUACAGAUACAGUGAGGUUGAUGGAUGGCCCCAGUCGCUGUUCUGGGAGAGUGGAGGUUUACCUUGGGGGAGAGUGGGGCCCAGUGUGUGGUGCUUAUUGGGACCAAGUUGAUACAGCAGUUGUGUGUAAAGAGUUGGGCUGUGGUGAUGCUGUAGAUUCUCUGUCAGGUUCCCACUUUGGAGAGGGAGCAGGGAGACUCUUGAUGGCUGAGGUUGGCUGUGUGGGGUGGGAGACCAGACUAAAGUCCUGUUCUCGUAAGGGAUUGAAUGAGCACACAUGCCAGCCUAAAGACAAUGUUGGAGUCACCUGCUCAGAACACAGAGCUCCCAGGCUAGUGAACGGUUCCCAGCGGUGUUCUGGGAGAGUGGAGAUGGAAUAUGGGAUCACCUGGGGAACAGUGUGCAACACCACAUUUGACUGGCAGGAUGCAGAGGUUGUGUGUCGAGAACUGGACUGUGGGGCUCCUGUAGAGGUGCUGGGAGCAGCUGCAUUUGGAGAGGGAGAGGGCCAGGUGUGGUCAGAGGAGAUCCAGUGUGGCGGCAACGAGACUCAGAUUCAACUCUGUCCAACAUCCCCUAUCAACCACAACUGCUCACAUGAUAGGGAUGUAGGGUUAGUUUGUUCUGGAUACACUGAUGCCAGACUGGCCAAUGGCAGUGACUCCUGCUCAGGCAGAGUGGAGCUCAAGUACCUCAGAGAGUGGGGCACAGUGUGUGAUGCAUCCUGGGAUAUAAGGUCCUCCAGCGUGCUCUGCCACCAGUUGAAGUGUGGGAGUGCUGUGGCUGUUGUAGGGGCAGAGUGGUUUGGUGAGGGGAGUGGAAGCAUCUGGCCUGAUAUGUUUGUGUGUGAGGGGAAUGAAACUGGCCUCUUAAGAUGUGGAAUCUCCUCAUGGAGUCGAGCUGCAUGCUCCCAUAGACAGGAUGCUGGAGUGAUCUGCUCAGGUUCCUCCCUCUCCCAGUACAAUGGGACGGUGCGCUUGUCUGGAGAGAGGCGGUGUGAGGGAGCGGUGGAGGUUUACGUCACUCAGAGGUGGAGGAGAGUUCUGCUGGACUCCUGGAGUCAGUCUGUAGCCUCCGUGGUGUGCAGACAGCUGGCCUGCGGUUCUGCUGUUAGGUUCUUUGGUUCUACUGACACAGAUGGUGAUGGGUGUGUCUCAGGAAUCCAUUGUUCUGGACGUGAGACUCACCUGGGAAACUGCAGCCCUCCACAGAUACUAAACUGUACUUCUAGCCAGCAGGUGACCGUUGUCUGUUCAGGCCUUCAGCCAGUCAGGUUGACAGGAUCUGGAGGAGACUGUGCUGGCAGACUGGAGGUUCUCCACAACGGCUCGUGGGGGACUGUGUGCGAUGACUCCUGGGACAUGCAGGAUGCCCAGGUAGUGUGCAGACAGCUGCAGUGUGGCACAGCUCUCAGUGCUGAGGUCCCUGCAUCCGUUCCCCCAGGAGAUCUGCCCAUCUGGCUGAGCGAGGUGAACUGCACAGGAGAUGAGACGAGCCUGUGGGAGUGUCCCCCAGCAGAGUGGGGGCAGCACGACUGCUCACACAAAGAGGAUGUGUGGGUCAUGUGCUCAGGGUUCAUUCAGCUGAAACAAACCACAGACAGUCGUGGGCCAUGCAAAGGUGUAAUAGAGGUCUAUUACAAUGGCACCUGGGGAAACAUAUGUGUCAAUGACAUGGACACAAACAUAGGCUCUGUGAUUUGCCGUCAGUUAGGCUGUGGAGGACUUACAGUGACCACUGAUGCCAAGCCAACUAAAGCCAAGCAACUGAUCCCUCCACGAUGUAGGAAGCACGAUACACACCUUGAGCAGUGCAAACCAUUUCAAUGGAGAACAGACUGCAGGAGGGUUGCUGAUCUAGAGUGUACAGGAACUGAAACAAAAGCUCAUAUCAUACACAAAGAGUCAGUUAAGGAAUGUCCAGUGUCUCCAACGCUGAGGCUGGUGGGGAGUCCCACUCGCUGCUCAGGGAGGGUGGAGGUGCUCCUGCAGGGAGAGUGGGGGACGGUAUGUGACGACUCCUGGGACAAGAGGGACGCCAAGGUGGUCUGCAGGCAGCUGGACUGUGGGGAGCCCGUGGAUGAAGGUGGAGAGAAGGGCCCAUUUGGAAGGGGAGGCGGCCCCAUCUGGCUGGACGAGGUGGACUGCACCGGCCAUGAGCACCACCUGUGGGAGUGCUGCCGCGCCCCUCUGAAUCAAAGUGACUGCAUCCAUAAGGAGGACGCCUGGGUCACCUGCACAGGGCCUCCACCUCCCACCACCCGUCCUCCAGUCAGCUCUGGGAGAACCACAGGGCCUCCAUGUGAGCCUGCAGGGCUUCCUGUCUCUCCAGCGGCUGCUGCCACUCUGGGGCUCCUGCUCCUGCUGCUGCUGGGCUCACUGGCGGUGCUGGUGGGGCAGAACAGGGCACUCAGGAGAGCUCUCUCCAAAAGGAGACACGUGGAACUGAAUGAAGCUGUAUAUGAGGAGCUGGACAUCAGACUGACCACAGCCGGCUCCUCCAAAGGUCAUCAUAGAGCACGCGUCCUAUCUGAUGCUCGGAAUUCCUGGUACGAGGACGUGCAGGAGGAUGAAAGGAGACCCAUCUCAGUUCCUUCUCUGGGAGAGCCAACAGAGUACUAUGAUGAUGUCACUGCUGAUGACAACGAGACCAACCUCAAUGAUAUGUUGACAGCAGUGGAGACAAAGCAUGCCAAUGAAAAAGAACAGGAGUAUUAUGAUGACAUCAUGAAUGAAGAUGACCUUCAACUGACAUCAGGUAUUGCAGGGAUGAUGACAGCAGACCAAGGUCAAGAGUAUGAUGGUGUCAUCACUGGGAUUGAUUAUGAUGAUGUGGGGGCGGAGUCUGAGGAGUGACACAUGAAGAGGUCAGCAGAGCAGAGGACUCAUCAGCUGUGAUGGACUGGAGUUCUGAGCUUAUCCUUGAGAUGCCAUAUAUAUUUGAUAGCUUAUGACAAAAGUAUAUGCAAAGCUUAUUUUUACAAUGGAUAUUUUGUUAUAAUGCCAUUUAUAUUCCAAAAAUGUAUUUUUAUGAUUUUUGUUGUGUGUUUUUCUCCUGAUCCAAUUGCUGAUAUUUAGGCAAUGUACUUUUUUGU